AUGACCAAGGCCCAGCUCCUCGAGCAAGUUCAGCUGCUUCAGCAGCAGCAGUCGCAUCAACCGCCGCAGUUGCAGGGAGACAACGACGUCGCAGCUACGACAACGCCCAAGAAACGUAUCUCAACCAAACCUUCCACGUCUAGCAUUGCAUCGUCGAUGGCGACAAGCCUUGUCUCAGUCGAUUCACUCAAGAACAAGUUACGAAAGUUGCGGUCGGAGUUCGUUGCGAUCCAGCGUAGCUUGACACCCACUGACAACGACGAGCUGUCGACCCCCCCCAAGCCGAGCUACUACUCGGAGAUUUUGGUUGCAUUUGCGAAUUUGCAUGGGCUCGGAGACAUCGAGUUUGGCAUGGAGCGUACCCCUAGUGCUAGCCCAGUCGCCGAAGACGACGUCGAAGUUGAAAUCGACUUGGAGAUGCAGCGCCAGCGCCAAAUGCGCAAGAAUCAGAUUCCAGACCUUGCGGCGGGGCUCAAUAACCUCGGAGAAGCACUGGCGAGUCGACUCAUUGAGGAAGCCAAGGUGAAGAACUCCCGCAGCUCUGACGUGGACAUGUCAGAACAAAUGACAAAGCUAUUGGAUCUUAUGGAGGAAACGAAAGCCAGCAUCGAUAAAACCAAUGAUGUCAACGACAAAAUGCUUCAGUUUCUCCAAGGUAAAUUCUAA